AUGCAGACUCGGGAAGUGCAGCAGAAUGAGAAUUUUAGCGCCAAUGCAGGGGUAAAUACAGAAGAGGAAAAUGUGUUGUCAUCCGAAAGGCCUUGUGAACAGCAUCUGGUUAUUAAACGUGAUAGUUACACGACCCUGGCCACUUUUUUUGCCGGUGGCGUAGCUGGUGCUUGUAGUCGAACAUUGACUGCACCGCUAGACCGUAUCAAGAUCAUUGUGCAGGAGGGUCACCUUGUUACGGGACCGUAUCAGCGAAUAUCGAUUUUUAAAUCGGCCCGGUUGAAGGAUGUCUUUAAUUUAAUUAGAGAGGACGGUGGCUGGCGCGCGUUUUGGCGUGGGAAUGGUGUGAAUUGCCUGAAAGCGGGUCCGGAGUUUGCCAUAGUCUUUUCGCUUCGUCGUUAUCUUUUAUCGUUGUAUGAAGAUGGUGUAGAAGAAGAAGAGCGGCGAGAGCUAGAGUUUAUUUCAACAGGGUGUAGUCCUCUUGACAGUGAACUUUACCGCUCCGCAGUCUCUGUAUUACCCUCACCUUUGGACCGCUACGGGACUUUAACCGGCGUUCCCCGCCUUUUUGUUAACUUCAGCAUUGGGGCAUGCGCGGGAUUUGGGGCUCAAUUCUCACUUUACCCUCUAGAGGUCGUGAAGACGCGCAUUGCCGUUUCAAAGAUGACUGAAUUUCGCGGUGGUAUUCGAGAGGUCGUCAUGGCCACGUACCGAAAUGGUGGCAUUGCUGAGUUCUAUCGGGGACUUACGCCCAACAUGGUUGGGGUGUUUCUCUAUCGCGGUUUGGAGGUGGGGAUGUACUCCACGGCGCAGCAGCAGAUUAUGAUGUACAGAAUGCGGAAUUACGGAAUGAGCCGCCACAAUGCAGCGCUUUCUUCGAUGGAGACGGCAGUUGUUGGCAUGUUUGCCUCUAUGAUUGCGCAGACUGUGUCGUACCCACUCAAUGUUGUGCGCACAAGGCUGCAGACGCAAGGGAUAAACGGGCGCGAGAUAAAGUACACCGGAAUGAUGGACUGCUUCAUCAAGAUGAUUCGGGGGAAGGGUUUGGCGUCGCUCUUCUCCGGCAUCACGGCAAACUACUUGAAGGCGCUCCCCGCGAGCUCAUGCAUGUUUGUGGUCUUCGAGCUGGUGCAGAAACUGUUGGUUGGCGAUGAUUGA